AUGGCAGGUGGCUUCAUCAGCGUGAAUGAACACAGGGGGCCAGGCCCGGCCUACGUGGCAGCGGCGCUGGGGGCGGGCAGGCAGAAGGGAGGGGCGGAGGCGGGCCGGCCAGAAAGUUUGUCGGCGGCCACUGUGGGGACACCGGUCCGGGGAUGUGCUCCUGGCCCCUCAGCGCCCGCAGCACGCCUGGGUGUCCUGCUCGCUAUGGGCCACCCACCGCCCCUCCUGCCCCUGUGUGCCUCUGUGUCUUUGCUGGGGGGCUUGACCUUUGGUUAUGAACUGGCAGUCAUAUCAGGUGCGCUGCUGCCGCUGCAACUUGACUUCGGGCUAAGCUGCUUGGAGCAGGAGUUCCUGGUGGGCAGCCUGCUCCUGGGGGCUCUGCUCGCCUCCCUGGUAGGGGGCUUCCUCAUCGAUCGCUACGGCAGGAAGCAUGCCAUCCUCGGGAGCAACGUAGUGCUGUUGGUAGGCAGCCUGAGCCUGGGCCUGGCUGGCUCCCUGGCCUGGCUGGUCCUGGGCCGCUCAGUGGCUGGCUUUGCCAUCUCCCUCUCCUCCAUGGCCUGCUGUAUCUACGUGUCAGAGCUGGUGGGACCACGGCAGCGGGGAGUGCUGGUGUCCCUCUACGAGGCAGGCAUUACUCUGGGCAUCCUGCUGUCCUACGCACUCAACUACGCACUGGCCGGUGUCCCCCAGGGAUGGAGGCAUAUGUUCGGCUGGGCUGCUGCUCCUGCUGUCCUGCAGUCCCUCAGCCUCCUCAUUCUCCCUGCUGAUACAGAUGAGGCCACAGCUCACAGGGACCUCAUCCCGCUCCAGGGAGGUGAGGCCAGCAGGCUGUGCCUGGGGAGGCCAAGAUACUCCUUCCUGGACCUCUUCAGGGAACGGGAUAACAUGCGAGGCCGGACCACCGUGGGGCUGGGGCUGGUGCUUUUCCAGCAGCUGACAGGGCAGCCCAAUGUGCUGUGCUAUGCCUCCACCAUCUUUCACUCGGUCGGCUUCCGUGGGGGAUCCUCCGCUGUGCUGGCCUCAGUGGGGCUCGGCGCUGUAAAGGUGGCAGCUACCCUGACUGCCAUGGGGCUGGUGGACCGAGCGGGCCGCAGGGCCCUAUUACUAGCUGGCUGUGCCCUUAUGGCCCUGUCAGUCAGUGGCAUAGGCCUCGUCAGCUUUGCUGUGCCCAUGGACUCAGGCCCAAGUUGCCUGGCCACGCCCAAUGCCACCGGGCUAGCAAACCUCCCUGGAGACUUGGACCAGCCAAUGGGAUUGCCUUCACAUCCACCGCCAACAACCAGCAAGAACCAAGGGGAGCCAGUCUCGUCAACCUCUGGGAAAACCAGGCGCCACCCCAGAGCUGGGGACCCCACAACCCCUCCUGGGCCAGCCCUGAGCACCACCUCCCAGGCAUCGCCUUCUCCUGCCCCCGGGCGAGCCCUGCUGCACUGGACCGCCCUGGUCUGCAUGAUGCUCUUUGUGAGCGCCUUCUCCUUUGGAUUUGGACCAGUGACCUGGCUUGUCCUCAGCGAGAUCUACCCCGCGGAGAUCCGAGGGAGGGCCUUCGCCUUCUGUAACAGCUUCAACUGGGCCGCCAACCUCUUCAUCAGCCUCUCCUUCCUCGACCUCAUCGGCACCAUCGGCUUGUCCUGGACCUUCCUGCUGUAUGGGCUGACCGCCGUCCUUGGUCUGGGCUUCAUCUACUUAUUUGUCCCUGAAACAAAAGGCCAGUCGUUGGCAGAGAUAGACCAGCAAUUCCAGAGGCGACGGUUUGCCCCGAGCUUUGGCCACCGGCAGAGCACAUCUGGUGUCCAGUACAGCCGCAUGAAGGUCUCUGUGGCCUCCUGAGGAGUCCAUCUGCUUGGAAAAUGCCAGGACCGUGGUUUUAGCAGACUGUGUCCAGCUCCCUGCUUGCCUGGGCCCCAGAGCACAAGUUCUAGGUGGUCCUUUGAGACUGACCCCUGCCCCAGAGGAGGUCUUUUGUGGGAGGGUGGAAAGGACGAAAGUCUGAGCACCCAGAACUCUUCGUGUUCAGUCUCAGGCUCUGCCUUCUUGCCUCAGUUUCCCCACUGACUGCACAUCUCUGCAGGACUUAUAAUGAGAACAUCCUAUGGCGUUUCCGCUGUUCCCUGGGCCUUCUCAAAGAAUCUCUGGGGUACCAGACCUGGCAGGAAGUCUCUUCUGGUAUCACCCCUAAAUCCAGCUGAGGAUACCAUAUUCUCUGCUCCCUUUUUUCAUCUGGCUGGGACUCUUCAGUGAGGUGGAAGCCUGUUUGUUUGGCUUUCAGAGAUCGGUUUUGUUCACCCCUCUAAUUCUCUUACCCAGAAUAUUUGCCGUUCACCAGCAGCCCAGACUGGUUGACAGGAGGCUUGAGUUCUAGUCCUGAUUCUGCUGGUGUCAUUGCUGUGUGACCUUGGGCCUCAGUUUCCCCCAUAUGUACAGUGGGUCCCCUGGGUCAGGUUGUUCUUAAAGAUGGCUUCCGACACCGGUGAGUUGGGAUUCUAACUGCUGGUAAUACAACAAAUACUCAACAUGGGUACUCGACCUGGUCUCAGGUCGUGCAUUGCCUUUCUUGGGGAGGGACGUUUUAUCGGUGGAGAGGCCAAUAGCAGUCCAGAGCCGUGUGCGCUAACAUCCAAGAGCACGGAACGCCUGCUGGAGGCGAUGCCGGGAUGGUGCUGGUUGCCUCUUCAUGCAGAAAGCUGCCUGGGGGCCGACAAACCUGGUUGUCAGUGCUGCCCGCACCUCUUGGCAGCUGUGGACCCUGGGUGAGUAACAGCUCCCUGGAGCUCCAGUGUCUGCCUUUUCAGUCUGGGGCGAUUAUGCCCCCCGGGGUGUAUGUCACUCUGUCUCCCUUCACGAAAGUCUUCAGCUGGUCCCAUUUAGCUAGUCAGGGAGUGGGGGGCCGGGGUGUCUGUUCACCUCAGUACCCAGGCCCCUGCCUUUGGGACAUUAUAAAGGGUUGUUCCCCAACAGGUGAGUCAGAUAGAGAUUGAACAGGGAGCUCAGGCCAGAGGUCACUGGCAAAGGAAGGGACCGGCAAGGAGUUCCUGGAUGCUGAGGAUGAAGAGCUAGAGUAGGCCCGGGUGCUGGCGUUGGAUGAGGCCUCGUCACCGUGCCUGCACGUCUGGGUGCUGACACAGCCCCCAGCACUCUGGUCCCUCAGCCCCUCUCCUCUCCUUUCUGGCCCCAGAAACAAGAUGCUCCUUGACUUAUGGCAUGACUACAUCCCCGUGAACCCUUCGUAAAGUCGAAAGUGCAUUUAAUGCACCUUACCAAUUAAACACCAUAGCUUAGCCCAGCCUGCCUUAACUGUGCUCGGGACACUUACGUUAAUUAGCCUCCCGUUGGACACAGUCAUCGAACAAAACGAAUACACCUCGGAGUAUCGGCUGUUUACCUGCGUGAUGGAGUGGCAGCCUGGGAGCUGAGACUCGCUGCCGAGGUCCAGUGUCAUGCCAGGGUAUUAUACUGCGUAUCACUGGCCCAGGACAGGUCAGGAUUCAAACUACAUCUGUGUAUUGUUUUCACACCAUCGUGAAGUCAGAAAAUCCCAAAUUGGACCAUUUUAAGGGCGCCUGUACUUCCCUUAGAUCCAGUGGUGUGCCGGAGCCGGCUUGUCCUGGCUUGUGAGAGCUGAUUGUUAAAUUUUCAGGAUCUUCGCAAGCUGGUUGUUAAACACAGCCACUAAAAGAAAUUAAGUUUCUUAAAGUUAUAAUUAAGUAAAUUGUAUUAAAAACAAAGGAGACAAAUACUAAAAAAGUCAUCACUUCCUUCCUUAUUUUACCACAUUUUACUGUUACCUGUGCUCUCAAGGUUAUUUGUGUCUUUUGUAUCGUAGGAGGGACAUAGGGGAGAGAUUGAGCGCUCCUUCCUGGUCCCCCCUUCAACGACAUCCUUCCUGUAGGUCUCUUGACACUGGCCAUGGGGAGCUUGGUAUUCGCACCAUGGAGAUUGGGGACCAUUGAAAAUCCAGGCUUGAUUUAUUGUGUUGGUUUUACAGUCCUAAGAACAUGAUGGCUAUAAUGUUAACAGUGCCAAUUAUACUUAAAACUGUGUCUGUUGUGUCUAAAGCCAGUACCUUGGGAAUGGCACAAAAAAUUGCGGAAACUCGGCUCCAGGACGUGAGCCGUUAUCCAGUCUGGCCGGCACGUUGCUCAUGUCAGUGAUGAAGGAGCUCCGGCCUCCACCUUCACUGCGUCCCUCUCUUCUGACUCAGUGGCGUGAGCAGAAAUUGCACCAGUGUCUGUGUGGGAACCACGGCGGUGAGCGACUUCCUGCUGAGUCCGGCGGUCGGCUCGUUAUCAGCAGUUACUUUGGUGGGGUCAAGGCUCCUUGGCAGUCACAGCUGUUCGGGGGAACAGGAGUUUGGCAAAAAAUAAAUACAUAAACAUUC